GGAAGGGCGAUACUCGCCACCGUCACAGAUCUCAUCUACUCCAUCGAUCGAAGGCGAAGCUGGUCUCUCCAACAACCCUCUCUCUCUCUCUCUCUCUCUCUCUCUCUCUCCCCUCUUUCGUUCCCCCUCGCCUCAACCUUCCUUCUCCCCUUCUCUGCCUCGAUCGCUCGAUCGAUCGCCGCGCUUGGUGUCCUCGCUCGAUCUUCACAAUCCGAUCUGAGUCUAUCUGGAUUUCCUCUCCGGCUGAUUCGCCCAGUACCGGGCCAGGUAGAUCACUCGUCGCUGGUGGCGCCGCCGGCGGCAUCGGAUAUUCGGUCGGCGGCGGCGGAGGCGGCGUCUUAGAGGCUUGCGAGGUGGAUGUUCUUCUGGAAUAAGGAGAUUGGAAUCCCUUCUCUUCUCGUCGUACCUCCUUGCGCCUUUUGGUUUUGUUAUGGGGAACAAAAAGCGAAACCCUAGCCACCGCCACGCCCGCCAUCCUCCAGACUCGUCGGCUUCGGUGGCGGAUGAUGUUUCGCUGGUUUUGUCCUCCCCUGUCUCUGAUGACGGGCCACACCGCGUCGAUGCGCCCGAUGCGAUCGAGUCUGCUGUCGUUAAGGUGGAGUGCGAACGGGCGCUUAAUUCCCUCCGCCGUGGGAACCAUACUAAAGCCCUACGACUGAUGAAGGAGGCGGCGGGGCGACACGAUGGUUCCGCGCUGCUGCACCGAGUACACGGGACUGUGGCGGCGAAGGUCGCGGCUCUUCUCGAUGACCCCAGUGCGAAACUGCGGCAUCUCCGCGUCGCCGUCGAUUCUGCCCGCCGCGCGGUUACGCUGUCUCCGAGCUCGAUUGAGUUUUCGCACUUCUACGCUAGUCUUCUGUUUGAUGCUGCUACGGAUGGACGCGGGUACGAAGAGGUUGUCCAGGAGUGCGAACGCGCUCUUGGCAUCGCUGACCCGGUCGAUCCUGCUAAGGAGAGCCUCCAGGAGGAGAGCCAGCAGAAGCUGUCUACGCCUGAGGCUCGGAUCAAUCACGUCCAGCAGGAGCUACGGGCUCUGAUCCAGAAGUCCAACAUCGCGUCUAUCUCGUCCUGGAUGAAGAAUCUUGGCAACGGGGCUGCUGGGGAGGAGAGGUUUCGGUUGAUUCCUAUGCGCCGUAUCUCUGAGGACCCGAUGGAAGUCCGGUUGGUGCAGGCAGCCCGCCGCCCCAACGAGAUUAAGAAGGCCACCAAGACCCCAGAAGAGCGGCGCAAGGAGAUUGAGGUCCGUGUGGCUGCUGCUCGCAUUCUCCAACAGAAGUCCAGCAACUCUCCAGGAUCCCUCCAGGAGGAGGAUGGUCGCCCUGGUUCAGAUUCCUCCACCACUUCCUCCAGUGCUCACCGGCUAGCAGAGCGCAGGAAGUUAAUCUCCAAGAAGGUCAUUUCCUCUACUGACCGCAUGGAUCUUGCCCGUGCUUAUUGGAACUCGAUGGGUUUGGAGAAGCAGUUGGAUUUUAUAGUUGUAAAUAUCCCAGAGCUCAAGCUGCAUUUCACGUCAUCGACCAAGGACAGCCUUGCAGUUGACAUUCUGACUGAGGCACUGACAUUUGUGGAGGCCAGAGGGACGUGGGAAGUUUGGGCUUGUUGCCGCUGCAAUGAGAAGUUCACUGACUGCAACGACCACAUCCAACACACUGUUCAGGAGCAUAUAAGUAGCCUCUCAACCAAGCUGCAGUCUGUAAUGCCUCAUGAAGUUGAUGGAGAAUGGAUCGAGAUGCUUCUUAAUGGGAGUUGGAAGCCCAUUGAUGCUGCUUUGGCCGUGAAGAUGCUCAAGGAAGAACAGCUGAAGCACCCUUCGUCGGUGAAGGAUGCAGACUCUGACACUAGCCGCAAGGACAAAGAGCCUUCGCCUGAGUACUGGACUGCUAAAGAAAACUUGGAUUCUUCCUCUUCACCCGAGCAUGGGGAGAUUGCAGACCAAGAUUUUCCUGAUGACUUUUCUUUGAAAGGGACCUACAAUGAGAUCAAUGAUCUUAUUGAUGUCUCUCGUAGAUGGCCUUUGUCAGAUGAUGCUGAAAGGACCAAACUUCUUGAAAGAAUUCAAGCCAUGUUUCAGACACUUGUGAAACACAAGAGCCUGUCACUAAGUCAUCUAAAUAAGGUGAUACAAUAUGCCAUCGAAGAGAUCCAAGCAUUUCCAUCUGGAUCAUUGUUGCUUAACCAUGCACUGGAUCAGUCGCCUGUUUGUAUCUUCUUCCUGGAUGCUUCACACCUUAAGAAAAUACUCAAGUUUUUGCACGAGCUUUCACAGUCCUGUGGGUUAGGGAGAUACUCUGACAAGGACACUACUCCUGGUGAUGCUGAUAGAAAUGGACAGGUUACUGAAGUCACAGAUGAAAUUAGUCUGAGCUUUAACUUCUGUACUCUUUCUUUAGAUGGUCGUUCUUUCAGACAAAAGCCUGAUAUCCAUCUAGAGAAUUUUUGUGUUGAUGAUGCUGUCUACAAGAAACCAGAUACAGAUGUUUUUUUGUCAUGGUUAUUUGCUGGUCCUUCCAUCGCUGAGCAACUUUUAUCAUGGACUCGCAUGCGUGAAGAGAAAGCUCAUCAAGGCAUGGAAAUCCUUCAGAUGCUCGAGAAGGAAUUCUAUCUUUUGCAAAGUUUGUGUGAAAGGAAAUGCGAACAUUUGAGUUAUGAGGAGGCUUUGCAGACCGUUGAAAAUCUUUGCUUUGAAGAACUUAAGAGAAGGGAACAAGGAGGGAAGUUGGCAUCUCAAAGUUAUGAGACUACUUUGAGGAAGCGGCAAGAGGAGCUGGCAGAGCGGGAGAAUGAUGAAAUGUUUGAUUCAUGCAGAUUUGAGUUGGAAGUUAUUUCUAAUGUUUUGAAGGAGGCACAAGUCUUGAAUGUGUCACAAUUUGGGUAUGAUGAGGCUUUAUCUAGCACAGGUUCUCGCUUGUGUGACUUGGAUUGUGAUGAAGGUGAUGAUUGGAGGAUGCAUGAUUACUUGCAGCAAACGGAUACUUGUAUAGGAAUAGCAAUCCAGAGGCAGAAGGAACAACUUUCUGUGGAGCUUAACAAGAUUGAUGCAAGGAUCAUGCGCAAUGUGACUGGUAUGCAGCAAUUAGAGGCGAAGCUUGGGACUGCUUCAGCCUUGGAUUAUCGCACUGUUGUUUUGCCACUUGUGAAAUCUUUCCUUCGGUUUCAUUUGGAGGAUUUAGUAGAUAAAGAUGCUAGAGAGAAGUCUGAUGCUGCAAGAGAUGCCUUCCUAGCAGAGCUUGCACAGGAUGCCAAGAAGACUGUAAACAAAGGAAAUGAUACCAAGCAUGCACAUGAAAAAUCAAAGGAGAAGAAGAAGAGCAAAGAUAAUAGGAAAAGUAAAGAUCAGAAGAGUUUGGGCUAUAUUGAUCAGUACCCGGAUCAUCAGGAUACUUCUGAACAAUCUGAGUCUGUUGUAGAUGCUGAUUCCUUGGAGCAUGAUUUUAUUGUAUCAACUGGUGAUUACCUGAAACAGCAAGAAGAAGAGUUUAAACGUAGAGUGGAACUCGAGGCUGAAGAAAGGAAACUUGAGGAGACCUUGGAGUACCAAAGGAGGAUUGAAGAUGAGGCAAAGCAGAAGCACCUUGCAGAACAAUCAAAAAAUGCUGUGGCUUACCCAAACAAUCACACUGAUGCUAUCUUUCUUGUUAAUUCAUCUGUGAAUUUGAACUAUGAUUCUAGAUUGCAAGAGAAAACCACCCCAACUUAUGUAGAAGGCAUAGAAUUUGGUGAUACCCACGUUUCUGAAGACAACAUGCACUAUGACCACCAUAACAUGAGAUUCAAACAAAGAAAUAAGAAUGACAAAGCAAACCACAUUAAUGUUGGACAGCAGCACACUAUUAGUGACGACAGUGAGAAGAAUAAUGGGAGUUGCAUUGAUGAAAUGCAAGCUUUUGAUGUCUAUAAUGGUUUUCCAGUAAAAGUGGGUUUGCAAGUUAAUGGAAUAGAGAAAUCUGCAACCAAUACAACAUCUUCUGAUAGCAACAGCUUCCAAAAGGCUAAAAAGACAAAUAGCCAAUCUCAUUCAAAACACAAGCAAGGUUCUGCAGGAACUGCAUAUGAUGGAUUUCUGCCUUUGGAACAAUUGAAAGCUAAGCAGGUUGCCAAACAUAAUAUUUCAAAAGAGUUGCCUGAAGGGAAUGGAAGAGCUUUUCCGUUUUCUAAAGAAAACCAUUUACCUGCCCGUUCUCAACGCGAACUAUAUGAGGAUCAAGAUAAUGGUGCAGGACAAAAUGAAGUUAGGACAGCAGGACAAUUUCAGGACGAGGAUGAAAAAAGGUUCCAAGAAGAUCUUAAGCAAGCUGUGCGUGAAAGCUUAGAAGGCAGUGACUAUGUUGUAUCAGCUAUUGACAUGGGGAGCAUUUCAAGCAGAAAAGAAGUUCUUGGUACUGGUCUCAGGAAUGCAGUUGGCGAAUACAAUUGUUUCUUGAAUGUGAUUAUCCAGUCAUUAUGGCAUUUAAGGCGUUUCAGAGAUCAGUUCCUCAAAACGUCAUCAGUGCAUGAGCAUGUUGGAAAUCCAUGUGUUGUCUGUGCGCUUUAUGAUAUAUUUACAGACUUGAGAAAAGCUUCUGAAGGUGGACUAAGUGAUGCUGUUGCACCUACUUCUUUGAGAAUUGCUUUGAGCAACUUAUAUCCUGAUAGUAAAUUCUUUCAAGAGGGACAGAUGAAUGAUGCAUCUGAGGUUCUAUCAGUAAUUUUUGACUGUUUGCAUAAGUCAUUCAAAGUUCAUUCUGGGGAUAGUGAUGGUGGUUUGCAAAAGAUUAAUUCAGAAGGAUUGUGGGAUUGCACAAACAGCUCGUGUAUUGCGCACACACUCUUUGGAAUGAAUAUAGAUGAACAAAUGAACUGUUAUAACUGUCAUUCCCAGACCAGACACCUGAAGUAUACUUCAUUUUUUCACAAUAUCAAUGCGAAUUCAUUAAGAACAGCAAAGGUUAUGUGUCCUGAAAGUUCUUUUGAUGACCUUCUGAAGACUGUGGAGAUGAAUCACCGUUUAUCUUGUGAUGUUGAAGCUGCUGGUUGUGGAAAACCAAAUUACAUGAAUCACAUAUUGUCUCAUCCACCACAUGUUUUUACAGCUGUUUUAGGAUGGCAAAGUACAACCGAAAGUGCAGAUGAUAUAUCUGCAACUUUGGCAGCAAUUACGGCUGAUGUUGAUAUUGGGGUUCUUUACUGUGGUAUAGACAAAGGAAGCAAACAUUCUCUGAUUUCAAUGGUUUGUUACUAUGGGCAACACUAUCACUGCUUUGCAUACGAACGUGAUCAAUGGGUCAUGUAUGAUGACCAAACUGUAAAGGUGGUUGGCGGUUGGUUAGAUGUUAUUACCAUGUGUAAACGGGGACAUUUGCAGCCACAAGUUCUGUUCUUUGAGACUGUGAAUUAGUAAUUCUUCAUUGGUAAGCAAUUGAGAUGAUUCUAGACGUGGAAGUACUGAAUUCUCAGGGCCAUUUACGAAGAGAUCAUAUGUUAAAAGGACAUAAAGGAUAAAUCAGUAUAUCAGAAUAUCUUGAUGCCCUACUAUUUUAUAAAGGUCAAUCCUUGGUGACUUGUUUUGGCAAUGACUUCGGAAUGCCGAUGCAUUUCUGUUCAUCUUCUCAUAAUCCCCAUCUUCAGUGCCACGAUGUUAAGAAAACAAAAAAAAAAUCAGGGAUCCAGGCCAAAAAAAAGUGAUCCUUGUAUCUAUUCUUUAUAGAUUAGUUCCUUUUCUGCAGAAACAGUUGCAUUUUCCUUGCUUCAAUAAGGUGGUGCUGCUCAUGGGGAUGUGUCUCUCACCAUUUUGGAGUCAACAAUUAUCCUCGCUGCUUGCAGUCAUUUUUGCAAAUUUUUGAUACAACUUCUAUAGUCGGAAGAUAACGAAUCUCUACCUGAGUUGAAGCAAUCACUGUUCAUAAUUUUUUUGCUCAACAGAUAUGAAGUCGUCAGUUUGAGUCAGAUAAUUAUAAGGCUUGUAGAAUGGGAAAAGAAUGUAAUCAAGAAAUGUGAUGAUCCAGCUUUUUCUUUCACUGAAGUGUUUUUUGUGGAAUCAAACAUUUUAUCACCCUGAUUAUGAGUUAUAAUCGUGGAGGAUCACUUACUGUGUGGA